AUGUCGUUCCGGGAUCAUAAUCGAAUGUGUAACACACUCUUUAGUUAUUAUGAUCCCUUUCUUCUUGACAUAUACAAAUCAGAAAUGCAAUACGGAAUUGAGAGGUUCUUUCUUCUAUCGUAUUGCUUGGCUUGUUGCUGGCCAGGAUUGGGAGCGAGGAGCAAUUUAAGGAUUGUGAAGCAAUGGUCGGAGCUUCAGUUCGCAUUCCCGAGCGAGGAAGCCCGGAUAAAGGCACUAGCUAAUAAAUAUUAUGUACCAGGAGAUUCAGUACCGAUUGACGUGGAUGUACACCAUAGAAGUGGUGCACAGAAAUCCCGAAUAAUUAUGUCAAUACCACGUUUUGAUGUUGGCCGACCAGUCACAUUGGGUAUCGUGGGAGAAGAUGGUGUUAUAUCAGGCUACCCGGACUAUUCGUGGCAUGAUAACCAAGGAAGUAAUUGUGAAGGACUCACCUCUGUUUUCAGAGUCGCUAUUGAUUCAUGCCAGCGACUAUGGGUAAUGGACGCUGGGAAAAUUGGAGAUGAUCAAGUGUGCCCACCACAGCUACUGGCUUUUGACCUGAAUAGUGACCAAUUGAUCUAUCGUCACAAAGUACCAUCGAAAAAUUAUAUCGCUUCGUCAUUAUUUAUAACUCCAGUAGUGGAUGUAAGAGGUUCUGGUCCAAAUGACUGUGCUGAUACAUUUGUAUAUGUGGCUGAUGUGUCCGGCUUUGGACUCUUAGUAGUAGACGUUGCAAGAGAUCGUUCUUGGAGAGUCACUCAUCGCUACUUCUUCCCAUAUCCUUCCCACGGCAGUUUUACUAUCGACGGAGAAAGUUUCGAUCUCAUGGAUGGUGUCCUUGGGAUGGCUUUAUCACCUUAUAUGCCGGGGGCUGACCGCUUCCUCUACUUCCAUUCGCUAGCCUCUACUACAGAAAAUGUGGUUAGAACUAGUGUUCUCAGGAAUGAUUCCUUCAUUCACGACUCUAACGCCAAUCCUUACAGUAUAAACGAAUUUCCGGAAGAACGGCCGAACCAAUCUGCAGCUGAAGCCAUGGAUAAUAACGGUGUAUUAUAUUUCGGUCUGAUGGAGCCACCUGGCGUAUUUUGUUGGAACUCAGCUACAGAAUUUUCUCCAAAAAAUUUCCAUCAGAUAGCAAUUGACAAAGAAACACUCCAAUUUUCUAGUGGGAUGAAGGUUGUCAACAAUCUGAAAGGGGAACAAGAACUGUGGGUGCUUACUUCCAGUUUCCAAAGAGUGAUGACCGGAACUCUUUCAUCAGAUAGAAUCAACUUUAGAAUUCACGCCGAGAAAAUUCCCACCUUGUUAGGACAUACAGCAUGUUUGUCACAUCCCAAAGACCGCUACACAAACUAUCAGGCAGACCGAAUAUCACCACAUAAAGCCAAAUAUUAUCAAUAUAAAUAUGGAGCUGUAGCAUUCUUAUAA